AUGCUUUCUCAUCGCAUUUUCGUGCGCGAUGACUGCACCAAUGCCGGUGGCGGCGAUUCCUGUGAGAAGCCAGCCAUCUCCUCGAGCGUCACUUACAUUGUCCUUGGAGCCAUAGGUGGCCUACUACUGCUCGCCCUGCUCAUUGUCCUCUUCAUAUUCCACCGCAAGAGAACGAAACGAGACAACCAGGAGUGGACCAAGGACCCCCAGGAGCUGGACGACUAUGGCAUGGCCGACCAUAGCACCACAUCGAACAGGACGGGCGGCGCCGGCGUCAAGCCACCGCAGCAGGCACAUCACCACGACCGGGCAAACAAGGAAGAAGGAGAUCUCGCAGGACUCGGCGUGCCGCACAACCGGGUGUCGGUAGAAUCAACACAGUCUCUUGCGAGGCAGUUGAGGCAGAACGAUAUGCGCAGCAUGGGCCACGACGACACCUUCAACUCGACGGCUCAGGUGCCACGGUCGUUGGUCUAG